AUGUCUGCCCAGAUUCCCAUCGCUGUUUGCGAUCGUGUUAGCGAGCGAGCCAAGAAGACGCUGGACGUCGUUGCUCGCUUCGUUGAGGAGGACUGCAUCCCUGCCGAUGCUGUCUACGAAGCCCUGAUUGGCGUUGGAGAUGCGAGAUGGGAGGCCCACCCCCAGAUCGUCGAGGAUCUCAAGGACAAGGCAAAGUCUUUGGGCCUGUGGAACAUGUUCCUCCCCAAGGGUCACUAUAAGGAGUCCCCUGGCUUCACCAAUCUUGAAUAUGGCUUGAUGGCUGAGUGGUUGGGCAAGUCCCGCGUUGCCUCCGAGGCCGUCAACUGCGCUGCCCCCGACACCGGCAACAUGGAGGUUCUGGCCAAGUAUGGAAACGAACAGCAAAAGGCCACAUGGUUGAAGCCUCUUAUGGACGGCAAGAUCCGUUCUGCCUUCUUGAUGACUGAGCCCCAGGUGGCCUCUUCGGAUGCCCGCAACAUCGAGAUGAAGAUCACCAAGGACGGCGACCAUUAUGUUCUCAACGGCCAGAAGUGGUGGUCGAGCGGUGCCGGUGACCCUCGCUGCAAGGUCUACAUCGUUAUGGGCAAGAGUGACCCCAACAACAAGGAUCCCUACAGGCAGCAGUCCGUCAUCAUCGUUCCCUCGGACGCCAAGGGCAUCACCAUCGAGCGCAUGCUUUCCGUCUAUGGGUAUGACGAUGCUCCUCACGGUCACGGCCACAUUACCUUCAACAACGUUCGCGUGCCAGCAGCCAACCUCGUUCUUGGCGAGGGCCGAGGAUUCGAGAUCAUCCAGGGUCGUCUGGGCCCCGGUCGUAUCCAUCACGCCAUGCGCACGAUCGGUGCCGCCGAGAGGGCCUUGGAGUGGAUGCUCAUGCGCAUCAACGACCCCAAGAAGACCACCUUCGGAAAACAGCUGCGGGAACACGGCGUCAUCCUGGAAUGGGUUGCCAAGUCUCGCAUUGAGAUCGAUUCCGCCCGCCUUAUUGUGCUCAACGCCGCCAUCAAGAUGGACGAGCAAGGGCCCAAGGCGGCACUCAAGGAGAUCGCCCAGGCCAAGGUCCUUGUACCACAGACGGCUUUGACUGUCAUUGACCGCGCUGUCCAGAGCUUCGGUGGUGCUGGUGUCAGCCAGGAUACUCCCUUGGCUAACAUGUGGGCUCAGAUCAGAACCCUCAGGUUGGCUGAUGGUCCGGAUGAGGUCCAUCUGCAGCAGAUGGGUCGUAACGAGAACAAGCGCGGCAAGGCCGUAACGGACAAGAUCAACGCCCAGAAGGCCAAGGCGGAGGAGCUGAGGAAGAAGUAUGGUGCCAAGCGCACUGAGAUCGGGUCGAACAUCAAGCACUCCAAGCUUUGA